GUUUAAACCCAUGCAGAAUCUUUUAGAAUGCAUUUAUUUAAAAAUAUCAAAAAUCAAAGCCCUGGUUCCAACCCUGAUUUUAAUUUUAGGAGCAAAUCAACCCACAAGGAUCACAUCUCCCUUUAAAUAUUCUAGAAAAUAUGAAAAAAAUGAAGUAAAUCAUGACAUUUUUAAAGUUAAAAUAACUUUUCAGAGAUAUAUUACACGACUCAUAGAGUUUUACCUCUUAAUUACCUGCUGUAAUAGGGAAUGAGUUAUGAAAUAAUACUCCAAAGAAACUGGUGGCUUUUCAACAUAAAAAUUAUGGACUCCAAAUGAACUACAACUCGAUGAGAGGUUCUUUAGGGUCAUACCCUGAGAAAUCACACCUGUUCACUAAGAAGAGUAGGUACCCAAACAGGAGAACUUCUCGGAACGAGAGGACAACCAACUUACCCAAUCGUAAGAGAGGCCGUAUGACUGACACUCCUUGGACCAAGCUCACUAAGUCUAUUAAUGGAAAUGUUUCGAUUAAUAAAAAGGAAUCAAAAUCAGGUUCAUUUAGCUCCUUUGACCGGCCUCUGAGAGAGAAACAGCAGAAAGAUGUUGAAAAUUAUUUUAGAAGCAGCUCAUUUAGUAUGAACAAAGCUGGAUCAAGGUUUGGCAAAUUCGAUAUCAAAAAUUACCAUGAAAAUGUGAUAAAUAUUGAUCAACUCAAGCCAAUUCCAGUUCAGGCCAAGAAUAGCUCUGAUUCUUUCAAGAUGGCUCAACAUAAGCGAAACAGAACCAAUAUUCAGAACAAUUUAGGCCUAGUUGUUAGAGAACCCAGGGGUGGCUCUAAGAAUAUUGAUGUCAUACUUCCAAAACAAUCUCAUAUUGUAUCACAAGAUCCUAAAAAUUUGGGCAAAUAUAAUAUUUCUGCUAGCUCCAAGAGGAAAAGUGGAAGCCUUCCCAAAAAUUCUAAUCAGCUCUAUAAGAACAACCUUCUAAAGGAAAUAGUUGAUAUUUCAAUUCUUAACAGUUAUGAGGUGAAUAAAAAGCUUCUAGGGGCUCAUAUCUCCUCAGAAAAUAUCUCUCACAGCCCAGUAAAUCAAAAUGGCUAUAAGAACAGAAAGAUGUUGAAGGUGCCUAAAAUGGAGGAUAUUUAUGGCCCUGAUCAAAGCCCAAGGAUCAAAUUCACCUUUAAACUUAACCAAGAUUUUCAAUCAUUGAAUGAGUUUUAUUUCACUCCCGCAGAUAAUUCUAGCUCAAAGCUUGGAGGGAAGAAUAGUAAAUGCAUGUAUCCGAAACCCAUAGGAGAAGUUGAGCGUAUCUCUAGAAUAUAUAAAGGCAAGAGACUUGCAAAGAAGUCUCUUAAGAGAUUUCCUAUCAAGAAUAACCUUAGCUACGAAACAGACUCUGCUCCUAAAUUUAUGAAAAGCAGCAAUGUGAUGUGGAGACCAUUGAUUGGUGACAGUGAAGCAAUCCAACUACCUGAUAACUUCGAACAUAAUUUUGUUCAAUUAGACCAGCCAAAAGUAAGAGCAAGACUAUGAAACAUUUUAGAAGAAAUUGAAGAUCAAGAAGAUUCAGGAUCUGAACUACAGCACUAAUGAGUACCCUCUUGAGGAUAAUAAAAGCAGUAACAGUUCACUCAGAACAUAUCUCUGUGAUGCGAUGAAGUCAAAGUACUAAGUUCAAUUUCAGGAGCUCCCAGAUUUUCCUUUACUUCAUUCAAAGCCUCACUUAGGCUCCUAAAGUUCAUAGGAGAGCGAGUAGACUUCUUUGAGGGGAAGAAAAUUGCAGGCUAAUUUGGGUUUCAAGAGUUUU